AUGGAGACUAGCAACCCGACUCUUAAGAUCGUUCGAAUUAGUUCCUUCGAUCAACUUGACGAACUCAUCGUCUUGGCCUGCGACACCUUCAUCAACGAUCCCCUGUUCUCACUCGUCGUUCCAGGCCGCCAUGAACACCCUGAGUCCUUUCGGGGCAUGUGGUCGAUGCAUCUUAGCAAAGCGUAUGGGGAAAAGGGUACCGUUAUUCUAGCCUCUUGUAGAGAGAAGGGCGGAGAGAGAAGUGAGUUUCUCGCUUUCGCAGUUUGGCGCCGACAUGGAACGAGUGAUGUUGCUCAAUGCUGGCAAGGAGAUACUUGGAAUAAGAAGCUCACAAGGCUUGGUGUGAUGUGGUCUAUGUUCUAUCAGUUGAUCCUCCGCAAACCAGCUCCCGGCAUCUCACUGGACGACGCCGUGGAAGUAGUGUCAGGGCUUCAGGAAGCCGAAAAGCUGUAUCCUCCUGAGCGCUGGCGCCUCUGCUGGUUGGCCGUUUCCCCAAAGUGCCAAAGGACUGGGAUUGGAAGAAGAUUGGUUCAAUGGGGUCUCGACCGUUGCGAAGAGGAAGGUGUCCCCGCGGUACUUGAGUCGAGUAUUCCAGGAAAACCGCUGUAUGAGAAUAUGGGCUUCCGAGAAAUCGGCCGGGCGAGAUAUGACAAGGGAAGGCGUGCGCAACCAGUGAUGCUUCGACCAGUGGAGGGAACUAAGAAGACGGCGUAA